AUAUUCUGCGUGUUUUUGAAUGGUGAUGUGCUCGUAAUAAAAAGAUGAACGCUCGGACACAAGUGUUCGAACUGGUUAGUAUCAUUAACUAAACAGUUAAUUUUCUCACUAUGAUAUAAGUUUUAUUUUAGAUUAUUUUUAUGCGAGCCAGAAUGAUUCAGAUUACUGUACUGCACUCAUUAUUUAUAAGCUGGUUCCGUACAAUGUCGAUUAUAAACCAGCUUUUAAAUAUCGAGUUAUUUGCAGUAGGCCUAGCUUAAUCUAGAUAUUUUGUGAGAAGAUAUCAGUAAAAAAAAAUGUUAUUUUCAGCAUACUAAAAAAUAGAACUUACGAGUUGUUGUCAGCAUGUUCAUCCGUGCAUAAAGAAUACUCACUAACAAAAAGGUCUGAAAGCUCGUCACUCGUCCUGUCUUUUUGUUAACGAGUGGGUUUUUAUAAAGCUAUAUAGCUUAUGUAGAUAGAGAUUACACUAGACCUAAGGAGAUAUUACUCUGGACCUAAGGAGAUAUGCUGUCUGUAGAAGGACAUCAGAUAGAGGAGGCGGUGUGCAGCCUAUUCCAUACCUUGUUGCUGCACAGAACUGUUGGAAAGUUUCACUACAAACAAGAAGGGACCUAUUCUACAGGAACUGUCGGAGUGGAGGACGUGGAUUGUGACUUCGUGGAUUUUACAUAUGUAAGAGUGGCAUCGGACACUCUUGAUGAGGCGUUAAAAAAAGAAGUAGCGCUUUUCAGGGAUGCACUCCGCAACAUGGACGGUGCAGGGUCUGGACAGAUUUCUUUGGAGUUCUAUCAGAGGAAAAGAGCUCGUUGGCCUUUCCCUGCAGAAUGUAUCCCUUGGGAAGUGUGGACAGUAAAACUGGAGAUUUUAACUCUCAAUAAUGAAAGUGAAAGGCAAAUUUGCAGAGAAAAGCUAGGGGAAAUGUUAGGAGAAAAGGUCCUCAGCAUUGCAGACCUGAUGAAUCGCCAUGAUUACAUUCCAAAGAUGCCAAAUCAAGCAGAAUUGGAUUUGAUAUUUGAUACCAACUUUCCAGACGUGCAACCAUAUUUAUUCAAGAUAUCUCAUCAGACAACCACCGGUGCCUGCCAAUCAUCAGUGGGAACUACCAUGAGGAAGUUCGUCAAAGACACGCUGGCUUUAUGAUGUUGUCUCUGAGGUGGCGACUUCACAAGGCAGCAUCUGUUGAAUGACCAGCUUGGUUACUGCUACAAGUGUCUUUCAUGUGAAAUGAAUGUUUGAUACAGCGCAUAUUAGCUAUUUAAGUGGUUGUUCUGAUUUGUUUGUAUGUUAUGAAAGUAUGGUCAUUUUGCCUGUCAGAAAAUAGAAUUUUAAUUAUGGCUUGCAAUUUCAGUUAUGUUCAAUAAUGAAUGUGGUAUAAUUGUACGCAUUUUUGUAUGGUUUAUUACAUACUUAUCAAUCUAAUGAGAAUUAGAUCCUUUGAUCCGCUCCCGUAGUUUGCUACACCAGGAAGUGAGUAAGAGAGUAGAUCUAAUUUUAAUCAGAUUGGAAUUAUACUUUUUUGACCGAUUGUAAAGAAAGUGUUUAUUUAAACCAGAAAUAUUUAUGAUUUCUUCAUGUUAAAUAUAUAGAAAGGAAAUCUGGAGAUUGAAUCCAGGUUAUUAAAUAUGGUCACAAUUCAUAUACAAGUCCAUUUUCAGUAAAGCACUUAUGCAUUCAAUUUGAACAUAACUCAUCAGAUAGAUAUUAAUUGUGUACUUGAUGUCAAUGAGGAAUAUUGAAAUAUCAUGUAUGAGCAUAACUUAAUUAAACUUAAUAAAUAUGUGAAUAAAAUGGUUUACUUCCUAUUGGUUUGAAUGUUCCUGUAGUACAUUUACAUAGUGUAGAAUGCAAUAGAAUUUGGAAUGACUUAAUCGCGUGUAUCAUGACAGAUUAUUGAACUGAUUGAUCAUAGUCACCUGGCAAUUUUGUUGAAAAAUUGUGGUUCUUUAAUGAUACUGAUAAUAAUGAAAAAGAAUAAUAAUUCUUUAGUAAUGCAAUCACAUUUACACUAAAUGAUCCAGUUUUUAUAUCAAACCAAAAAAAAAAAAAAAAAAAAAUUGCAUUGAUUUAAAGUGCAUGGAUUUUCACUGGCUUCUUUUAUAAGUUUUCUGUAAAUUUCAGGCAAAUUAAUCUGAUAUAAAAGAAACAUUUUGAAAAUUACUGCAGAAACAUUUUGAAAAUUACUGCAGAAUUAUACUACUAAUAAUAAAAGUAUACUGCUGUUUACAAAGUUUGGGUGUGUUUAAUUGACUUUAAUGUUAAAUGUACUACUUUGUCUUUACGAUUUGUCAUUAAAGGAUGUGCAUAGAUAUAUUUAAUUUUGAAUGUAUUUGAGGACAUUUACACAAGUUAGCCCACAUUUAACACUUCAGUCUGCACUCUGUAGGUGCAUGAAAAUACUUUUAGAAAAGAUUUUUUUUUUUAUUAAUCUACAUUCUAAAUUGUAAACGUAUAAAUAAUGAAUCACUCCUAUUGUCCCUCGAUUGAGAUCCCCUCCAGAAGCCGAAGUUUUGAUCACUGACAAUUACAUUUACAUUUGAUUACCUCUUUACCAUGAAUAUAGUAUGCUAUAUUGUUGUAUAGUUUUCAUUGUCAUCACGAGUAUCGAUCAUAGAGUAGCAAGUUCCAUGCUGAAUGCUUGAGCUUUUCAGCACAUUUAUAAAUUGAAUUGUUUUUGAAUAUGUAUAUCUUGUAUUUUUUCACAUGAAAUCUUCAACUUGAUGUCAAUAAAUUUUACAUAAAAUUGA